GUAGAAGGGGGGCGGGACUGAACAUCCGGGUCUUUGGCUGACCCCUUACGUGAACCCGUCGGAUUGCAAACAUGGCGGAGUCCUCCUUUGGCAAUUUGAGUCCAGGAGGUUCAGCAGGUUCUGAUGACCAUGAUUUCGACCCAUCAGCAGACAUGCUUGUGCAUGACUUUGAUGACGAGAGAACCCUGGAGGAAGAGGAGAUGAUGGAGGCAACUGAUGAAGCUAAUGCUAAUGAGAUAGAUGACCUUGCACGGGAGGGAGAGAUGCCAAUUCAUGAGUUAUUAAGCAUGUAUGGUUAUGGAGGCGGUUCACCAGCAGAGGAUGAUGAAGAGGAGGAUGAAGAACCUGACGAAGAGGAGGAGGAUGAUGAAGAGGAUGAGGAAGAGGACAUGGACAACGAUGAGAGCAGCAGGAGCACUGGAGAGCUCAAACGAACCGGGGGUGAGGGCAUGAAAAGCUCCUCUGGUGAAGAGGUGCAGACUCCCCCCGAGGGUCGCACACGUCCCGUCAGAUCACUUGGCACAGCAGAACUUAUUCGUCCUCAGAAAUUGAAGUACUUUGAUAAUAAUAAUGAUAUUGAAGAGGAAUCUGACGAAGAUGAGGACUAUGUUCCGUCUGAAGAUUGGAAAAAGGAAAUUAUGGUAGGUUCCAUGUAUCAAGCAGAAACUCCUGUUGGGCUGUGCAAAUAUAAAGAGAAUGAGAAAGUUUAUGAAAAUGAUGACCAGCUUCUGUGGAACCCAGAGUGUCUGCCUGAAGACAAAGUGGUUGAUUUUUUGGCCGAGGCGUCCAAGCGGACAGGAGAGGAAAAAGGAGUAGAUGCCAUUCCAGAGGGAGCUCAUAUCAAAGACAAUGAACAAGCUUUAUAUGAACUGGUGAAGUGUGACUUUGAUACAGAGGAAGCUUUAAGGAGGCUGAGGUUUAAUGUCAAAGCUGCUAGAGAGGAACUCUCAGUUUGGACGGAGGAAGAAUGUCGAAAUUUUGAACAGGGACUGAAAACAUAUGGGAAAGAUUUUCAUUUAAUACAGGCCAACAAGGUGAGAACUAGGUCUGUAGGAGAUUGUGUGGCCUUUUAUUACAUGUGGAAGAAGUCUGAGCGUUAUGAUUUCUUUGCACAGCAAACCAGACUUGGAAAAAGGAAAUACAACCUUCACCCAGGUGUCACAGAUUACAUGGACAGAUUGUUGGAUGAAACAGAGAGUGCCACGUCCAGUCGAGCAGCGUCCCCUCCACCUGCCACAUCUGGCAGCAGCACCAGUCACUCUGAGAAAGAAGAUGGUAGCGGUCACAAUGGUGUUACAAACCACAAUUCAAGCCACUCUGUGGAUGGUGCCCAAUUAUCUGCAACACAUCAAGUGAAGCCUGAACCUCCCCAGCCCAACGGUCCUUGUUACUCAAUUUUGGAGACACGACCUCACAUUUUAGAAAACUCCAAUGGCUGCAGCCAGACUAAUGCACCCAUCCAUGACCGAAAUGGGUCUAUGGAACCCCCUGUAGAGCACUCUACAGCAGAUCCAGCUCUGGAGCUAGAGAGACCAACCAAAAGAUGUCGAACUGAAGCAGAGCAUUUGCCUUGUCAUGAAAUGGAGUCAAAUACCCAGGAGAACUAAAUUGUGCUCAAUGUAACACCAUUGACAUGGAUUUAUUGCCUCAGUGAUCUUAGGAGGGCAAUUUCAAACUGAAGCAGAAGAACUUUAUUUAAAAAGGUCAUUGACUCUUUCGACCAAGGCCCUCCGACCUCUUCAUGUAUUGGCUGCCUGAGAAGCUCAUCCCAAAGCACCACACUGCGAACGCAUUCUGCACAUCUUCCAUCUUUCUCCAUUUUGAACUCUUGACUAGAACCUCUGUCUUCUAUUUGUACACUUAAAAACUCCCAAUAUUUUUUAUACUUAAGAGAUAUUUAUAUUUUUUAACAUAAAAUAAAAUGUAUGAUGGUUCGCUGCCUAAGCCAUUUAAGCAUUUGAAUAAACAGGAUCUGUUGAAAAUGAACUUCAAUAUGUGCUUAACUUAUCAAAAAGCAAGCAAGGCAAAGACUAUCGCCAGCUAGCAGUCGCACUUUGAUAGAUUGUUCCUCAUGGAGUGCAAGUGAAACCCAGCAGAACCUUUCCACUCCUUGACAUGUAAUGAACUGUACAAUACCUGAUCUCAUUAAUAAACCAGCAGGUUUGUUUGUGUAAAGACUGACAUCAGUGAUGUCCUGUAUUAUUAACUCAUGAUGUUGAAGAUUGCUGUAUUUUUGAAUUUUCAUAGUCGGUGCUUGACAGUUGUUUUUACUAGACAGAAAGUCUGUUUUUUAUUGUAAACAUUGCAUAAAUUUCUUAACUAAAGCAGUUGGUACAUUUUAUAACCAUUUGCUUGUCUGUAUUGUCUGGUUGCUUUUGUAUGCCAUGCUUUUUUGAUCUGUUGUGGAGAUGGAUGCAUCAUCCGAAAAUGACUUUCCAUCUGCAGCGCUUUGGCCGUAUGACUUCCGAUUAUGACUUUUAAGAGAACAUGUUCUGCUCCUUUGUGAAGCUAGUGUCUUCAGUAAAUGGGUUCUUGAAAGUAGACUUUUACAUAUCUUUUUCACAGAUUUAAUUUAUUCUUUGGUAAAGUAGCCGCCUAAUGUGAGUUAUUUGUUUGCACCACAAACAUUCAGACUCGUGAUUAGUUUUCCUCAAAAAUUUACCAUGUAGUUGCUUUGAAAAUGUUUAUUUUUCUGUAAAUGACAUAAAUAAAUGUAUGUGUAUUCCAAGAA